GUAUAUAGGCGCGGAUCCCAAAAAAGGGAUGAGAUUUACAUGCAAGCGGAAAAAAUUUUAAUAUUUCAAACAGUUUUUUGUCGAGUAAAUGUUGAGGAUGUUUUUUAAAAUAAACAUCGUUAAUUUGUGUUCAAAUCAGUGUAAAUGAAAUUACCCCUAGAUAGGCGGCGACAACGUGCGGUUAUCUCAAUCAAUUAGUCGGCAAUUUAAUAUAUAUGAAUCUCAACUCGAAAUAUUACCCAAUGUUACGGCCACAAAUAUUGAUCUUGAGCGGAUAAGGUGCUCCAGUACGUGUGCAGGCUAAGGCAAGAUAAGCUUUUAAUAGGCGGCGACUAAAAACCCAUCAUAAAAAUGCCGGCCAGAGCUAAUUAAGGAGAGGGAAAACAAAACAAUUAUAAAAGAAACCAGAAAACGCUUCUGUUGAGUCAAAUCAAAUUUAACAGCCAGCCACAGCAAAUGGGCAAAUGGGCAAGUGUGAAAGAUGUUCAACUGUAUUUUUCAAAUCAUUUCAGACUUGUAACGAACAUUUGAAAAAGCUUUAAACCCCAAGCUACUCCGACUUGUGUGAGAGCAGAAACGAAAAGCUCUUGCUCUGUGACCCAAAAUAAGAAUAACAAAAACACAUGCACAAACAGAGCACAGAGCCCAGAGCGUAAAGAGCCCGAAUUCACCCCCUACUAACUCAUCCACUGGCAGACCACAUUGGUUUUGGUUUUUGGAUUUGGUUCGCGCCGUGAGAGUGAAACCGAGAAACCGAGUGUAGCGACUGCGCAGAAAAUGAGUGCCAACGCUGCCUCAGAGGCUGCCGAUGGAAAUACACGACACAGACGUUCAAGUCAGGGCAGUCAUACGGCCAGUCAAAUUAGCCAUGAGGAUGCCAUGCAGACCAACCAAGAGCCAAGUUCCUUUUCCCUAUGGCAAUGGCUUUGGCAUGUCAUCACAUCCAUAUCGGUGGAGCCGACCAUGUUCCUAUAUAUGUCUGCCUUCAUGAUCACCUCGGUGGUGGAGCAGAAUUUCUUCGUCUACAAGGCGUGCCGUGUGAACAAUAAUUUCAGUGAGGAAAUCUGCAUCAACAUCAACAAGGCGGAGUACAAUGAUUACAAGCUCCAGGUGCUGGUGACCACCGCUUGGUUUCAUCAAUGGGAGAACAUUUCGGCCCACAUAUUUCCCAUCAUUUUGGCCUUGUUUCUGGGCUCAUUCUCAGAUCGUCGUGGACGCAAAUUGCCACUUCUAAUGGGUUUGACGGGCAAACUGAUUUACUCCGUUAUGAUUGUGGUCAAUGCCAAGAUGGAAACUUGGCCAGUGGAGUAUAUCAUCUAUACGGCCACUUUACCCUCGGCUCUGACUGGAGCCGAUGUGGCCAUAUUUGCCUCAUGCUUUGCCUACAUAGCGGACAUAUCCACCGUGGAGAAGCGGACCAUAAGGGUGACCAUAUUGGAUGCCAUCUAUCUGAGUGCCAUGCCCACUGGUGUGGCAUUGGGCUCCUAUCUGUUCUAUCAUGCCUUCAAUCAAUCGUAUGCCGAUAUGUUUAUGGUGAAUGCAUCGCUGUUGGCUCUGGCCAUAGUCUAUACACUGAUUGCCCUCAAGUGGCAAACCAAUGAUCGGCAACGAUCAUUGCGAGAAUUGGGCUUGUGUGGCUUUUGGCCAGACUUCUUUGAUAAGCAACAUGUGAUUGAUUCAUUCAAUGUUAUGAUCAAGCCCCGCAGUGGCCAUCGUCGUGGCUUUUUGAUCAUUCUGCUUGUGUCCAUGAUCUACUAUACAUUCCAACGAGAUGAGGGCACUUAUCUAUAUUUCUACACGCUGGCCAAGUUCGACUGGGAUGUUGAUUUGUAUAGCACCUUCAAGACAUUCAAAUCGUCAGCCUAUGUUAUUGCCAUGCUCCUGGGUGUACCCAUAAUGAAUAAGCUCUUCGGUUGGCGCGAUACGACGCUCAUUUUCAUAGGAACCUGGGCUCAUUCGAUUGCCCGUGUAUUCUUCUAUUUCGCCGAGACACCAAAACUACUUUAUGCUGGCGCCGUCGUCUGCAGUCUGGGUCCCAUUGUGGGUCCCAUGUUGCGAGCCAUGACUUCCAAAAUCGUUCCCACUUCGGAGCGUGGCAAGGUGUUUGCCCUGCUAUCGGUUUGCGAUAAUGCGGUGCCUUUCAUUAGUGCCGUUUGCUAUUCGCAAAUCUAUCAGGCCACUAUCAAUAUCAAUUACGGUGGACUUGUCUUCCUGCUGACCAUUGUCUCGCAAAUGAUUGUCUUUUUCUUGAUACUCUGCAUACACAUUAAGCUUGGUGGCAAUUCCUUGGAAGUGGCAGAGAUUACCGAAAAAGAGAAUGGACUAAUCACCAAUGACGUCGAGUCGAUGGCCCAAAGAACACUCCAAGCAGAGACAACAGAAUGAUUCGAAUGAUUUCCUAUAUUUUAUAUACAUUUUUUUUUUUUAUCAAACCAAGCAUGAAAUUGUUAUUCAAAGUGUUUUUUUUUUCUUCCCCCUUCUACUUAAUGAUAAGACUUGUGAAAACAUAAAAAGACAUCUUGAAAUUUA